AUGCUUCGACGUUCAUCUGAGCGAGUGGAGAUGGUGGUGGAAAUCUACGAGACUGCAGACAAUGUUAGAGGUCACGACCCUGAGACAGAGAAGAACAACUGUGACACAGAGAGACACCUAGAAGAACAACACACAGGAGGAGACACUGCAUGGAGCAGGUGUUGCAGACUGACUGCAGUGUGGUUGGUGCUGCUUCUGUUUGUUUCCUUGCUGACUGCCGUCACAGUUCUGUGGAUCAAAUUCAGCAUUCUGACUAUAGACAGAGACCAGUUACAGUCCCGUUACAAUAACCUGACUAAAGACAGAGACCAGUUACAAUCCAGUUACAAUAACCUGACUAAAGACAGAGACCAGUUACAGACCAGUUAUAAUAACCUGACUAAAGACAGAGACCAGUUACAGUCCAGUUACAAUAACCUGACUAAAGACAGAGACCAGUUACGGGAGGAGAGAGACAGAUACCAGAAAACAUUACAUAGUUCAUGUAAACAGAAGUGUUUUAGUUUUAGUUCCAGUUUUUAUGUUACAUCUAAUGAGGUGAAGAGCUGGGAGGAGAGCAGAAAGGACUGCAAGGCCAAAGGAGCAGACCUGGUGAUCAUAAACAGCAAAGAGGAACAGGAGUUCAUCAUUAAACAUCUGGACAACCUUGACACUUGGAUUGGUCUGAGAGACACAGUAAAAGAGGGAGAGUGGAAAUGGGUGGACGAUACACCACUGAACACUGCUUUCAGGUCCUGGGCUCAAGGGGAACCGAAUAAUCGAGGUGAUGAGGACUGUGCUGUGAUUUACACUUAUCCUUCACAUUUGACUGCAACCUGGAAUGACCGGAAAUGUUCUGCUAAAUUACCCUGGAUCUGUGAGAAAGAUGUUUCUCAAUGAUGUGUAUCAUUUUAAAUG